UACUCACAAACGGUCAGUUGGUCGGACGGCCACCUCGCGUUUCGACCGUCACUAUUUACGUUUUGGAAGUUUUAUUUACUCUCAUUGUUUUUUUCUUGUUCUGCAGCCUAACCCUCAUUUUACAAGUGCUCCUCUCAUCCUCUUUAUAUACCCAGGAUAUACACGUGCUGUUGUCAGUUUCAACUUCCAUGGUUUUCGACGGAAUAUCCUACGAAGGUGCGCAUUGAUAAGAAUAAAGCGAUAUGGGAAUAUCGCGUUGGUCGUGGCUCCCCGUGCUAUUGGUGACAGCAGGCUUGAUCCCGGAGAUCCAUGGUAAAUGUGAGCUGACACCGCUCCAAGGAGAUCGAACGAUCGCCUACGUUUGCGUAAAUGGUAAAUUGGCCGACAUCGGAGAAAUUCCAAGCGACGCGGAAUGGAUCGAGUUCACAGUGUCCCACCUGAGCAAUUUGCCGGCUGAUGCGUUCGCGCGUUUUCCGAAUCUCCGGCGCCUGACGUUUUAUAAUUGUGACUUGAAGGAAUUGAGUCCCGAGGCAUUUCGCGGUUUGAACGAAUUGGAGUGGCUGGUGAUGUCGAACACGAGGAUAAACGCGGUUCGAGCCGCGCAGUUGCGACAUUUGAAAAACCUCCGACGUUUGACCCUCGAUGCAGCGGGGCUCGUGUACAUCGAGCCCGAGGUAUUUCACAGCCUCGGUAAGCUCGAGACCUUGAGCUUGCGCGACAACGAUCUCGACUGUUUACCCAUUGAGGCUCUGGGGGCAUUGAAGAGCUUGAGAACCGUGCAGAUCGCCAAAAAUCCGUGGCUGUGCGACUGUCGAUACUCUCUGGACAAGUUCUUCGCGGAUCGUUUGAUCGAACGCGGCCCCGGGGAGGAGAAUUGUGUCGCGCGAAACGGAACUCACGUGCGAAGAUAUUGGGCGGGCUUCACCCAAGCCAGCAAUUACGAUUGCAUGACUACUCUCGAGUAUCCUGACCUCCCGAAGAUCGGUAUGAACGCACAAGACGUAGAACCCUUCCGGAAGGGACGGUUCGAGUGGCGGGAAGUCGUUGGCACCGGAAUCGAGAGCCUGGACAAAUUGCCCGAGGAGAUCGUUUGGAUCCAACUGUUCAAUGUCCCCAUACCGGUUUUGCCGCGCUACGCUUUCUUCCGUUUCGGAAAUACCCUCCGAAGCAUCGAGCUUACCAACUGCGGCAUCGACAUAAUCGAGCCAGAGACAUUCGCCGGUCUCCACAAACUCGAGAGACUCUCCUUAAUCGGCAACCGUUUCAUCACCGUCGGCCACGGAUGGUUCCGAGAUCUGAGCCGCCUCACCGAUCUCGUUUUACGCAACAACCGAAUUCAAAGAUUCGACGACGACGCGCUCAUUCAUCUCGGCGCUCUCAGACGACUCGACCUCACAGGAAAUCGACUCAGGUGCCUCGAAGAAUACUAUCUUCGCGGUCUCGUAUCCCUCCAAAAACUUCAGGCCACCGAUAAUCCGUGGCUCUGCGAUUGUAGACACGAUUUGGAACGCCGACUCACCAAAAUGAGAAUCGGCUACGAUAUCACCUCGGGCAGGUGCGAUCUUCCUGGCCAGGUCUCCGUCACUCAAAACUAUAACCAGACGUAUUGGAACUGGAGCACGACGACGAGCGGUACAAUACGUUGGAGCUGGGCUUACGAAGUGCGUCGCCCGAGUACCCCGGUAAUAGCGCGUCCGAGUACGCCAUAUGUACCUCCGAGAAUACCGAGUACAACGCCGAGGCCGGUAGCGCGUCCCAGAGGUUGUCAGUUGAUCCGUCAAUCGCUGGGCUAUGGAAAGGAGGGAAAAAUCGAAAGUUGCUUGUGUACAAGAGGUUCGUUGAUGGACCUCGAUGGAAUUCCCGAUGCUAUCGACACGAUUGUUUAUUCCGGUUCAAUAAUACCGACCAUUCACAACGACGCUUUCCGUAAAUUUGGAAGAUUUUUGAAACGUCUCGAAUUACGUGAUUGCGGAAUUCAAAAUAUCGAACGACGAGCAUUUUACAAUUUAAGAAUCCUCGAAACUCUCGUUAUACGAGGCAAUGACCUCGAUUAUAUACAAUCCGAGUGGUUUGAAGAAACCACGAAUCUCAGAAGACUCGAUUUAUCCAGAAAUGGAAUAACUCGUAUUUCGAACGGUGUUUUCGAUAAAUUACCUUAUUUAAUUUCACUGGACGUCUCCGACAAUCGUCUCAAUUGCAUCGGCAUCGAACAUCUCGAGUCUCUUCGAUAUCUCACUGAAUUAGAAAUUUCGGGAAACCCAUGGACUUGCCUGUGCAUCACUAGACUGGUUCAACUCAUGAGAGAACGUUCAAUCACGUGCAAAUGCAAUCCUGAGGCUCUGCUCCAAACCAGUCUAGGGGGUUGGGGCUGCAAUGAGAUGACUCCAAGUACAACAAACCCUGUUGGGGUACCGCAGCCACAUCCGACGACGUCGAGGCCAAUGACAACGAGCACUCAGCCACCAAUGGAGGAACCACCACCGUUCUGGACAAUGAGUGGGUCUUGUUACGAGAGCCACGAACCAACGAAAGAAUUUACCAGAAGCACUUGGUAUCACUGCGCGAAUGGUGACAUUAGUUUGCUCCACAAGAUUCCAAGCUACAUAAAAAAAAUCGAGAUAAUCGAUAGUUACGUGCCGCGCUUAACGCCAAUGACAUUCGCCAGAUUCGAAAAUUUGACGGAGCUCGUGUUGAGAAAUUGCACUCUCCGCGAUAUCGAUGUUCAAGCGUUCGCGGGGCUUCACAAGCUCGAAAAACUAACGCUCCGUGACAAUCGUUUCAGUAUCGUGAAAUACGGCUGGUUCGAGUAUACGAGAAAUCUCGUUUGGCUCGAUAUGAGUGACAAUUAUUUGACGGAAAUUGAAGCUGGAGCUUUUGAGGGUCUCGAUCAACUCGAAUAUUUGAAUCUCGAGGGUAACGAUUUCCAAUGUUUUUACACAAGUUGCCUUCUCAGUUUGCCAAGAUUGAGACAAUUCGAAUUCGCAAGGAAUUCACUCAAGUGGAGAUGCUGGCAGGAGCUCCGACAAUUCCUCCAAAUUCGUGCGAUCGGAUACACCUAUUACGUGUGUCCUCACAACGGUAAAGAUCUCGUGAGAAAUUAUUUGUUGAAAGAUGAGAAACCUACAGUUUCCAGCAGUAGUGCCCGUCACAUCGUUCGUCAUUUUCCCGUCGUCGCUAUACUUUUUAUUAUUCACAGUAUUAGUCCCAACUUUUAUUAUUCCGCUUGAAAGUACUUUCCCUGAAAGUCUUCCCAUCAGGCAUUCGUCCUUGACAUAUUCUCAAGGAUCAUACACAAAUGUUGAUCACUUUUAUUCGUUGACGAAUUCCCCAACCAACGAGGAAUGGAUAAUCAAGCCACCGGAUUAUUUUUAUCAUCUUAUGUAUGCAAUAUCAUAAUUAUUUAAAUAAUUUCUCGUUCGAAACAUUUUUUUAGACUUUCUCUAUUGAGGAGCCACCAAUUAACUGAAACGAACGAAGUUUAUAAAAGAUUCAUUAUGCAAAUGUACGACAAACUUUCGAAGAACGAAAAUAUCUCAGGGGAAUAUUCAAUUGAAUACUUUAUUAGAUUGCGAUCAAUCGGCUAAUCAUUUCACACUGCUCGUUGCCUAUAAUGAAUUCAUGACAAUUUCACAUUUUAAUAACUGUGGAGUGUCAUAACAUUUAAUAAUUAGGAGAUUUUUUAGUACAGUUUAGAAAUUGAAGAGCGUUAACGAUAGAGAUAACUUUGAAUUUUUUAUAUUCCUCAAUAACGUUUUAUUGAAUUGAUACUCAUUUUAAGUAAUUUCUCUGGAUUUAACAGCAAGAGUCACAGAUGCACAUUUAACUUCAACGCUUGAAAUCUAUACAAAAAUGAAUAAUAGGAAAGAUUUAAAAAAUUAGGCGUUCGAAUUCCAAUUUGUUUGUUUUUGCUGCGAUCGAUAAACUGAAAAACUUUAUCCAUUUACAAUGAUACUUCUCCGAAGACGGGCGAGGUUUAUCGUUCAUCAUAGCCCCACAGCAAUGCAAUAUGUAAUGAGAAGGGUCAGUGCGGAGCUUGUGAAUCGUAUAACAGUCGAAUUGAUGCGUGGAAAAGAUUUAAAAUGCUGCAAAUGUUGGUCAGGGUCACGGUAAACUAAGCAAAAUCAAUUAGAAAGAAUAUUCGAGCUAAUUGAGAAUUAGCUCAAAAGUACAAGUACAUCAUUACGUUUUAAUUCGAUAUCUAAUUAAUAAUUAAUUGUAAUAUUUAUUGAAUCAUUUCGAAAAUGGAAUGUACGUCAAUUAGCAAGAGUUCGAAAUUUGAAAAUCGUCAGUAGUUUUAAAACAUAUAAAUAAUAACAUCGAGAUAUUAAUAUAAACAAAUAUUCUAUUUAUUAUUAAUUGUAAUAAAUCUAGACAUAAAUAUUACCAAAAGCUGCCUCAAUUCAAACUAA